AUGAAUCUGCUGGACGACACUCUCAGGACCCCGUCAAUCCUCGACGGCGAGGCCCAGUCGCAAGCCUUGAUGGAUCUCCAUGAGGACAUGAGCGAGAAGCAGCAGGCGUCUGCCCUGGCUGCCCACCACGAUGCCCGUGCCCUCAUUCGUUUGAUCCAGUGUCCGCAAUGUUCGAAACCCUACACCAAUCCCGUCACGCUUCCUUGCGGCUACUCGCUAUGUCGCACGUGUCUGCCUCAGACCUACCGCCGUGAAGGUGUCUCGUAUCCUGACACACCGGGCAGACAGCUCGGCUUUCUCUGUCCAUACAUCGAGUGUUUCGAGGAGCAUGUUCUCGCCGACUGCAGCAUCGACGUCACCUUGUCCAAACUCAUGGAAGCCAUCGCCGAACUCGUCCGCCGUCACAACGAAAAUGCCGGAACCACUCAGACAUACAUGGAAGAGGUGGUGAAACAAGACGAGGUCGUGGGCCCGUUGGAAGCCAAGGACAAGAACAAGCCGCGAUGCUGGACUAUGCCCGGAGCCCGUCUGGUCGCUACAUACAAUCUCGCCGACAUUGGCAUUCUCGAAUACCAGACCGACGUGUCCUACCAGGACUUGUCGGAGACAGGCGAGGCUGCACAAAAGACCGACCAACAAGUCUUGGUGCAAUUGCUCGACACGGCGCAGAAAGAGGUCGACUGCCAGGUCUGCUACAACAUCAUGUUCGACCCUGUCACUACAGCUUGCGGACAUACGCUUUGUCGCAAAUGCCUGGCUCGUACGCUCGACCAUUCGACACAUUGUCCGGUUUGCCGCCGUUCUGUCGUUACUCCACCAUCUCUGAUCAAGUAUCCGAGCAACAAAACUUUGGUCAAUCUUCUCGAAGGACUCGUUCCGGAAAUCAUAUCCGCACGUGCUGAAGCUGCCGCUCUGGAGGAUGCCAUUGCGCUGCCUGACUUUGAGACUCCUUUGUUCGUGUGUACACUUGGCUUCCCUGGAUGUCCCACUUUCCUACGCGUCUUUGAACCAAGGUAUCGCCUUAUGAUCAGACGUGCUAUGGAAGGCAAUCGACAAUUCGGCAUGGUCACAUACAACAGUCACGGACUGCCUCAAGAAGGCCUCGGCAACAUACAGUUUCUUGCCUAUGGAGUUAUGCUCUAUAUCGAGAACGUCCAGAUGCUUCCAGAUGGUCAGAGUAUUGUAGAGACCAGAGGCAUGUACCGUUUCCGCGUAAAACAGUACGGCACUCUGGAUGGAUACACUGUAGGCAGAGUCGAACGCGUCGAAGACGUCUCGCUACAGGAGGAAGAGCGUCUAGAAGCCGAAGAAACUUCACAACCUCCUGCUGCUGAGAACGACAUCGAAGGCCAAAUCAACCGAAUGUCGACUCGCGAGCUCCUCAUGCUCGGUCUCGACUUUAUUCUGGUCAUGCAAGGCCGAAGCGCACAUUGGCUACACCAACGCAUUCUGGAAGCCUACGGCGGCCCGCCGGACGAUGCCGCCUUGUUUCCCUUCUGGUUUGCCAGCAUACUCCCCAUUGACGAGCAUCUCAAGUAUCAACUGAUGCAGACCACAAGUGUGCGCGCGAGACUGAAGAUUACAGCUCGCUGGAUCAAGCACAUGCAGCAACAGCGAUGGUUCCAGAGCCAAGCCUGCACUGUCUUAUGA